AUGAAACCUGAAUCUUGAUUCUCUUGGAGCGCCAAAAUCAAACUCAAAGCAACUGUUAUGGUUCUGAGGAGGACAUUCACAUUUACCCUCACAACCUCUCGUUAUUACAGUUCUGCCACUGUCUCCCUCGCCCACGCAUCGCACAAUCUCCUUGAUCUUCUUCAGCUCUGCAUCGACCUUCGUGCCCAGAAACUUGGCCUGCAAACUCACACUCAAAUUCUCGCAAAUGGGUUUGGACAAAACGCAUUCCUCACCACCAGGCUCGUCUCUGCUUACGCCGCGUGUGGCGAGUUAACCAUGUCAAGAGCCGUCUUUGAGUCCAUUGAAGCCAAGAACGUUUAUCUCUGGAACUCACUCAUUAAUGGGUAUGUUAAAAAUCACGACUUUCACCGAGCCCUUGCUUUGUUCCGCGAAAUGGGUCGCAGUUAUUUGCCUGAUGAUUAUACUCUUGCAACGAUUUCCAAGGUUUCGGGUGAGCUUGAGGACUUGGUCUCCGGGAAAUUGAUUCAUGGGAAGAGUAUAAGAAUUGGGUUUGUGUCGGAUGUUGUUGUUGCCAAUUCUGUGAUUUCAAUGUAUUGCAAAUGUGGCGAGUUUAGAGAUGCAAUGCAGGUGUUUGAUGAAAUGCGUCAAAGGAAUGUGGGUUCGUUCAAUGUUAUAAUUUCUGGAUGUGCUGCUUUUGGAAACUAUACUUCUGCUUCCCGUGAUGGUUUAUGGAAGUUUUUUAUAAGAAUGCAAUGUGAAGGGUUUAAGGCUGAUGCUUUCACGGUUUCUAGUCUCCUGCCUUUGUGUUGCGGGGAUACUGAGAAAUGGGAUUAUGGGAGGGAACUUCACUGCUAUCUUGUGAAGAAUGGAUUGGAUUUGAAGAUGGGUUCAGAUGUUCAUGUGGGGUCUUCUUUGAUAGAUAUGUAUUCAAGGAGUAACAAAGUUGUUCUAGGAAGGAGAGUAUUUGAGCAAAUGAAAAACAGAAACAUAUAUGUUUGGACGGCAAUGAUCAACGGUUAUGUACAGAAUGGAGCACCUGAGGAUGCAUUGACUCUUCUCCAUGAGAUGCAAGUGAAGGAUGGAAUUCGACCUAAUAAAGUAUCACUUGUUAGUGUGCUUCCAGCUUGUGGAUUGCUUGCUAGAUUAACGGGAGGCAAACAAAUACAUGGGUUUUCUAUUAGAAUUGAGUUAAAUGAUGAUAGUUCAGUAUGCAAUGCUUUAAUUGAUAUGUAUUCCAAAUGUGGCAGUUUGGAUUAUGCGAGACGAGUCUUUGACAGUGGUUCUUACUUCAAAGAUGCUAUCAGUUGGAGUUCAAUGAUCUCUGCAUAUGGAUUACAUGGGAGGGGAGAGGAAGCUGUAAUUACAUAUUACAAAAUGCUUCAGCAAGGGUUCAAACCAGACAUGAUAACAGUGGUUGGUGUUCUUUCUGCUUGUAGCAAAUCAGGAUUGGUAGAUGAAGGCAUUGGUAUAUAUAAUACACUGAUGACUGAGUAUGAAAGGAAACCAACAGUUGAAAUUUGUGCUUGUGUUGUGGACAUGUUAGGUCGAUCCGGCAAGCUUGAUCAGGCCUUGAAGUUCAUCAAAGAAAUGCCUCUAGAUCCUAGUCCUAGUGUUUGGGGAUCUCUUUUAACUGCCUCUGUAAUGCAUGGGAAUUCAAGGACAAGAGACCUGGCUUACAAGUGUCUCUUAGAACUAGAACCUGAAAACCCGUCCAAUUAUAUCUCGCUUUCAAACACAUAUGCUUCCUAUAGAAGAUGGGAUGUGGUAAGUGAGGUGAGAGCAACGAUGAAAGAAAGAGGUUUAAGAAAAGUUCCAGGUUGCAGUUGGAUAACUAUUAGCGGGAAAACUCAUUCUUUUUUAGUUGCUGACAAAGCACAUCCUUCAUCUAAUUUAAUCUAUGAAAUGCUUAAUGUCCUGGUAUCAAUAAUAACGGAUGGUUGUUCCGAUAACGAUAUAUUCUGACUUAAGUCUCCUGGUAUUGAUGUGUUGAAAAACCUUCAAGUGUCUAGUAAACACUGAAAACUAGCCAGCCAUGUAACUCGGUCAACUCUGAAACCAUUUUCUUGGCGAUCAUUCAAGACUCAAAAGUCGAUUUGUGAUUCAUUACUUGAGUGAGAGAAACGACGUAAGAGACCCAGCUUAUCCGUGGUUUUAGUACAUAUGAUUUACUUUAUGUGGCUAUAGCGUCUUUGGAGUUUGCACGUGGUGAGUGCAAUGAGACCACCGAGAUGUUAGUGAGCAAAUAAUCAAUGUGCCAGAUGAGAUACUUGGAGGCUCACAUGAACCAUAUAGUAUGUAGGGAACUAUACAGACCAAUACCCCCCAAGAAAGAUAGUUCAAAGACAAUCUUAUUUAAACCAUUUCAUUCAAAUUAAGCUUUAUUAAUGAAUGGAUAUCAAAAGCAUUUGGCCACAAGAAUAGGAAAAUAGGAAACUUCAUGGCGUUCAAUCUUUCGUUGACAAUCUGAAGCGAAGAUUCCAUUUCAAAUAUAAUAGCAGUAACAGAAACUUAGCUGCAUGUGUUUAGCAGAUGUUGAUCAACAAUUCGCUCUACCGUGGGAUAAAAAUUAUGUAUCAUCAGUUUUAAAUUCUUGUUUUCAAGGAAUGAUAAUUCUUUGCUAGCAAAUGGAGGAUUAAAUGGCGGUUUACGAUGAAUAACCCAUUGCAGAUUUUAGAUAUUAGAUUAUUUGAAAUCUUACAGAAGGAUU